AAAUAUCAUUAUUUAUAAUAGACACAAAACCACUAACUUUGUUAUUAUAUAUAGUGAGCCAAAAACUUUGUCACCUCUUCAUUAUUCAAAAACACUUUAAAACAAGAAAGUGUAGAGAACAACUUCAAUUCAUUUGUUCAUUAUAAUAAAAAGGGAAAAUAAAAAAGAGAAAAGUUUAGGAUAAAGAAAUGAAGGAGCAAAGAGGUGAAGGAUCUCCAAUCCAUGGAGACCUCUUAGAGGAGGUCUUUGCUCGUGUGCCCCUCAUUGAUCUCGCUUGUGCGUCUCAUGUAUCUAAAUCAUGGGAAUUUUCAGUUUCAUCUUCUUUGGUUCAUAUCAACAAGCCUAAACCGUGGCUUAUAAUUCAAACCCAAAACACGACAUCUCUAACCAAUAAAAAUACAACUUAUGCUUAUGACCCGCGCUCGAACACAUGGGUUGAACUUGUUCAACCAUCUAACCAUACUAAACAUGUCAAACCCCUCCAAUCCUCGGGGUCCUCCCUUUUUUAUGAACUCUCUUCUGAGAGGUUAUCCUUCUCGGUGGACCCCCUUCACCACACCUGGCACCAUAUCUCCUCACCAGGUGUAUGGCGGGUGGAUCCUAUCGUGGCCGUUGUUGGGCCCCACCUCAUUGUUGCGGGUGGAGGCGCGAUUUAUUGGGACAACCCCCUCACGGUCAAGAUGUAUGACAUGACAACCUCCCAUUGGUCCACUUGUCAAUCCAUGCCUAGCAUUCUCAAGGACUCAACUGCCUCCACGUGGCUUUCCGUGGCAUCCAAUCAGCACAAAAUGUAUGUAACAGAAAAGGCUUCAGGGAUUACAUACUCUUUUAGUCCCGACACUAAGGCUUGGUCCGGGCCUUAUGAUUUACGGCCCGACCCAAGUGUCUAUUUUUCAGCUAUUGGAUACGCCGGCGAUGAUCUUAUCCUCGCCGGCUUAAUAGGUAAUGCUGAAAACGUGAAAAAUCUCAAACUCUGGAAAAUAAACCCAGAAACGAUGGAAUCAAACCAAAUAGGGGAAAUCCCAGCUGAAUUAUUGGAGAAAUUACAAGGGGAGAAUUCUUAUUUAUUAUCUUCAAUUAAUAUAUUGGCAACUGAAAGUUUAAUUUACUUACACAAUACUUCAGAUCCAUCAGAAAUAAUUUUCUGUGAAUUAAAUGAAGAAAAUAAUUGCAAAUGGGGUAGUGUGAAGAAUAUAAUAUUGAAUGACAAUUGCAAAGUAGGAUCUAAACUGGUGAUGAGCUGUGGUAGGGUUGGAAUUGCUGAUUUACACACGGCAAUGAAGUCUAGAAAUAUAAAAUUUGUGGAAAAAUCGUAGUCUAUAAUAAUCAUGUAGAUGUAACAUGUAACACUAUAUUACGGAGUAUUUAUAAGUUUUAAGUUAUCUUAAUUAGUAGUUCUAUAAUCUUUAUCA